CAGAAACGUUGGACCAUCAGUCGCCACCUUUGGAGUUCAUCGAGAGUGUACUUCGUCAAUCCGGUGCAAUCGGGAGUAGGAACCGCAUGCAUGGAUGUGCCGAUGAGGAAAUGCGCUGGGAGCACAAACGGCACCGUACCGUGAAGACGCGCUGAUUGCUUCGGUUCCCAAGGACACACAGCCGGACCGCGGCGGUACCUAUCGCAUCAAUCCUUCCCCAUCAUCGCUCGACCGGAUCCAGCGGAUCUACGGCAAAAUGAUGGAUCGAAUACCGUCGCUAUCGAUACCGGGAUUAUCGCUCUCGCAUUCGCUAUCCAUACCGACAUCGCAGGCCCUCUCGAAUCAAUCAUCGCACGCACUGAACUCGCUCGGGCUACACACGCAAAAUUUGCAUGCCUCAUCCGUUAACGCGCUGCACAACUCACAAACGACCAACCUGCACCAGAACGUUGGCGGUCUGCUGAACGGUGCGGCCGGCAAUGGCCUGCUCGGUCAGGCGAUGUUGAAGAAACCGGCCGAGGAGCACAUAAAGCGACCGAUGAACGCGUUCAUGGUGUGGUCACGGUUACAGCGAAGGAAAAUUGCUCAGGACAACCCGAAAAUGCACAACUCGGAAAUCUCCAAACGACUCGGUGCCGAGUGGAAGCUAUUAACGGAAGACGAGAAGCGACCCUUCAUCGACGAAGCGAAGCGUCUGAGGGCGAUGCACAUGAAGGAGCAUCCGGACUACAAGUAUCGGCCGCGCCGGAAGCCGAAACCGAUCCGGCGCGAUGGAUACCCGUACCCGAUGACGUACCCAUCGGUGCCUGUCGAUGCACUGCGGGCCGGUAUUACGCCGAGCUACUUUGCACCGGGCGCUCCCUACCAUUUAGGAAGCCAUUUGUCACAAGCCAGUCCACCCACGACACAGUCAUCGAUCGCAUCCCAGAUGGACGUGUCGAAGUUUGCCCUCGACCGUAGUGCAUACCUCAACACCGCCGCAGCCGGGGCCCUUUACGACACGACCAAAUCGCAAACCAAUCCGUACAGCGCCUAUCUCGAUCCAACCUCCGUCCUGACGAAGGCCUACUUCGACUCGAAGAUGUACCAGGAUCGGGCGCAGGCCGCCGCCAACUAUGCGUUUGACAUUUCCAAGAUCUACGGCACCACCGCCCAGCAGCAGCUCAGCAGCAGUAGCGGCAACAGUGCCCAGCAGCAACACCAACAACACCAACAGCAGCAGCAACAACACCAACAGCAGCAACAGCAGCAACAGCAACAUCAGCAACAUCAACAGUCAUCGCAUCUGCACCAUCCGCUGCAUCAUCAGCAUCAGCUGCAGAACGGUGGCAGCAGCGGCAGCGGACUUGAUGAGCGAGAAUCGACACCCCAGCUGAGUGACGUCACGCCCGACAUUAAGCCCCAGAUCGUGGAACCGCUCGAAGGCUCGCCGCUGCACAGCCACAGCUAUGGCGCUAGUCUGCUGGGCGGUGGUGGUGCCACAGCCUCCGGCCUGUAUCAGUAUUCUGCCGCGGCAAUGGCUGCCAGUCAGGCGGCCGCUAAUGGGAAUGGCAGCUCCGGUGCGAAUGGGGGUGGAGGUGGCAGCGGCGGCGGUGGUGUUGGUGGCACUGCCGGUGAAUACCGACGGCCGCUCACCGUCAUCUUUUGACCCAACUCCGAGCUGAUGGUUGAUCGAGACUACUAAGUAGCUUGGCAGCGGGCACUCAACGAAGUAUACGAAGUCGUUUGUCAGCCGACCCUGCGCGACGGGAAAUGGGCGACGGCACAGUCGAAUGGUCGGCCGCGUGUAUUGAAGCGAUGCUCAAGCGAAUUUUAUUUAUUUGCUAGAUAAAUUCACCUACCGAUGUGGUAGGUGCCGGUGCAAUAGAGUUGAGACGUUGGGGCGAACGUUGGGGGGUGUAUUCAAACGUCACCGCAAGUAAAUACGGAGGGCUAUGGGGCCGGUGUAGAAAUGUUGACCAACCGCCGCGCGCUGGUAUAUAAACCAUUUUAAACGAAAUUAAUCUUAAAACAUGCAUGGAGGACAAUUCUUAUUGAACGAAUUCAAACCACAAAUCGUCAGGCAAGGCAAGUCACGAAGAGUUCGAACGAUUUUCAAACACUCAUUUCGAAACAUUUAUCCCUAGCUUAUAUAGUGUAAAGUCAAGAAGAUGCUACGAAAGGUAUGGGCCGGAUACGUAAUAAAGUUGCAUCCACUUCACUCACGCACCCCAAGCGAGUGCAUGCUGUCAGUCCGGAUUAAACUGAACAUGGCUUACAAAGUGAAGAAAGAAAGCAUAAAAUAACUAGAUUAUCGAAAUUGAACACACGUAAUGAUAAUUUUAGGAGUAACUCCAUUUGAAACUAAUUAAGUUACAGUUGA